AUGGGGCAUAAGAAUAAAAUACGUUCAGAAUUAGAUUCUAUGGCCGCCCAAAGUUCCUCCAAGGGAUUGCAGAACAUGACAUCCAAUUCUGCAAGUGGGCAUACUACGAGGCCCUUUAGGCAGUUUUCUACCAAGUCAAGAGCUAAAAGCACUGCAAGUUUUAAGGGACUGCAUAGAAUAACACCUCAUGAUAGUGGUAGCGAUGCUGAUAGUCAUCAUUCCGGUGAAAGUGUAUUCAGAAAGAGCGGAAGUUCUGAUUCACUUUACAGGAAGAGGGCCAUUAGUGGGUUGAAUAUGACUGCUUUGACUAGGGUUAAAUCAAAUCCAAGUCAAAUGCCGGGUUCGAGAUCUAGUUCUGUGAACAGUUCCACCAGUUACAGUCUUGGAGCAGUUUCCACCGGCUUAAAACCAAGCACUAGUAAGCCAACCCAUUCUGUAGUGGGACUUCAUGGCGAUGAUAAAGACAUUGAUAAUGAUACUACUACAGAUGAAGAAGUAGAGUAUUUCUCCGAUGAAGAAGAGAAUGAAAAUGGCAAAUCACAGAAAUCUUCACCCAUAGGAGAGAAUAUGCCCAGGGAAAAUUCUAACAACAAAGUCAAAAGAACACCAGAGGAAAACAAAAUGCUAUCAAAAUCAUUUAGUGAAUUGACUUUACCUUAUGAGAGAGCUGAAAAUGAGGCUCCACACCUGGUGAAUCAACCAAGUUAUAAAGCACCCUCAAGUUUAAUUAAUCCGCAGCAAGAACAGUUGUUGUCGAACAGUUAUAAGGAAGUUAAUGAUGGUAAUAAUGAUACGAAUACUGAGAAUAAUGAUGGAGGUAAUGCUAAACCAGAAUCGAACGAAUUGAAAAGACAAGAAUCAGAUGAAACAGCUAAUGACAAAAUAUUACAUGACGAUGGUGAUGAUCGUAUUGAUAAUAACAAUUUAUAUCCUGCGGCAGUAGAUACAAGUAUGGAAGCUGGAGCUCAUAGUCUCAAGAGACAGGGAAAGAAUUUUCAAGACCCACAAGAAAAUGGUUUGUCCUUAAUGGGAGAGGAUGAAUCCCCCCGUGGAACCGGUAACUACAUCUCCCAACGCAGAAAUAGCGAUCAUGAACAGUAUAUCCCCAGCAUGAUCCUUUCACAAUCAACAGGUGUGGAAAGAAGAUUUGAUCAACCUGCUUCUAUACAAAAUUCUCUAGCCAAUAAUUAUCAAGUGAUGCCUCCACUAGAAGAAGCCCAGAAUGGUGCUAUUAAAGAAUACAACAUGGGUCUUAACAAAGAAAAUCAAAUCAUUGACUCUCCUAGUUUUCAAAAUGUUAAUCGAGAUCAAUUACUUCAACAGCAACAGCAUCAACAACAGGAGGAACAGCAUCAACAACCGCAACCACCGCAACCACCGCCACUACAACAACAGCCAUCACAGCGGCAACCACAUUUUCAACAUUUCCAUCAACCGCAGCUGCAACAACAUAGUCAAGUACCGCCACAACAGUAUCAACAACCACAACAGCACCAUUUAUCACGCCAAAAGCAGGCCAAUAAUACAAAUAGUAAUACUCAGCAUAGUUUUUCUACAUCAAUUUCGAGUUUGACAAGUAGUCUACAAAAGAUGGCUCCAGAAAAUGUCUAUAAUACCUCUCGCAAGAGUCAUUUGCUUCGGAAGAAGCCUUCCCAGAUUUCGUUCCUUGGUUCAAGCUUUAGAGGCUCCAAUGCAGAGGUUCCAAACUCAUACUUACACCGUGAAAGUCCUCCAGCUUCUUCGGACAUCAAUAAUUUUGCACAGUUUUUGAAAUCAGAUAACAUGGAUGGUGAAUCUAGAACUCAACGUAAGCUUUGGCUGCAAAGAGAAAAUUCCAUUUUAGAUCUUAGCUCACAACAUGAAGCUAGUGAUUCUAUUUUCAUGGCCAGUAACAUUGAAGUUAAAAGAGAAUUCGAAAGGAUCUCACACGAGUAUACGAACGUGAGAAGGUUUUCUAAUCCGAUUGAAGAAGCAUUAGCAAGAGUGGACUCUGAACAGAAACAUACUGUGAUUAAGAGUACUACCAGUCAAGAUUCUGAAAUGCUAGAUUCUCUAAUUCCAAGGCCUAUUAAUGAAGGUAAAGAAAUUGAUGAACUUCUGCCGAAGUCCCAAAGCGCCAAGUUACACAAGGUUUUGCAAUCUAUUUGGAGAGAGGAAAGUGCAUUGUUCAAUAAGGACACGAACCCUGUAAAUCGUAACAAAUCACCGAUAUCAGGUCAUGUCACUAACACAAGUCGAACAUCUUUGAAAAAUGUUAUGAAUCCAGGCUCUGCGCUUCAACACCAGAGGGUAAUCAACUCACUACAACCAACCACGAGGGCUGUUAAUAGAAGGAUGGAAAACGCCCUACAUAAUCAGCAAAGAUUGUGA